AUAAAUCCUCGCGCUCUGGGCAAUCGAAUUUUUGAUAUAAAUACAAUCCGAUAAAAUCUACACGCAUCCCCCUCUCACGCGCAUCUGCAUAUUUAAAGCCGGCGCGCGCUUAAUGAAUUUUUUAUUUAUCGCCCCAGCUCUCGCCGCGGAAGCAUCGAUCAGUCCGCGGAACGCGCAAUUAAAGAAACAAACUCGCGCGCUGAAAAAUUCAUCACCACUUCCCUCGCUAUGCAAUAAUAACGAUAAUCAGCCCCGACUGCAGCGAAUCCGCCCAUCGUGCGUUACGAGAUCGGCCGCGCGCGGCGUUUCCGAUCUGGCCAUCAGCCGAAAUCAAUAUCCAGCGCGAUAAGCCCGCUCGUAAAUACACACGUAUAGAGCUAUAUAAGCAGGGAGAGAAGCGCAUAACCCUCCCGUGCAUGCAUGCAUCCCAAGAAGAAGAAGAAGAAGAAGCAGAAGAAGAAGAAGAAACGGAGGAAGAGCUGAGGAGGUGGAGGAGAGAGAAAACAUACAAGCGAACCCCUACUCGCGGCGCGCUUCCUUCGGGGAAACCGUCGGCGACUUCCCCCCACCAACAGAUCUACUCCGCAAAGCGAGUCUCCCUACGGCGCGCGGCGCAGCGGCUGUGAGCUGUGAGCAGUGAGCGCCAGAGCAGUUCAGCAGUCAGUCGACUGGCUUGCGCCGAGCGGCUCGGAUCUGCGUUCUGUUGUCGCUGCGCUCGCUUGUGUGCAUCAAGGGAAGAAGUAUAACCAAGCGGUGUGUAUACGCACUCGUGCCGAACGAUCCGGUGAUUGCUCCGCUUCAUACCCAGUGAAUAUAGGAUAAUACGUAACGACGAUCGCGGCAACGGGACUGGCUCUGCUUAUGCAGGAUCGCUCGUGCACGGGAUAAGGCCCGCGUAAUUGGACAAUCGCCGGCUGAUUGCCAAAAUCGCAGGAGCGCAUCUUUCCUCCCGUGGGGGAGUACCUGCGCACACGUACAUACUCACCGACACACAGAAUCUCUCGGCCGAGCGAAGAGGAGUGAGCAAGAGAGAGAGAGAGAGAGAGAGAGGAGACUUGAAUGCCUGUGUGUGGUCCGGCUCGAGGCCGGCGUUCCGUUCCUCUAGUCUCGCGAGUGUGCGGAUUUGCGAGGAGAUGAGGUUAUAGUGCGAGUGUUGGGAAUUACGUUACGUAAAUAAGCCGAUGUCGUGGGUUAGCUGCGCACGUGGACUGGCUGGCCUCGUUCUUCUCGUUGUUGUUGUUGUUGCUGUUGUUGUUGUUGUUGUUGCCUCUGCUCCGAUGGCGACGAGCGUCGGACGCCGAGCGUUGUAAGGAGGAUCGAGAGCAAGAGAGUCAAGAGCGGCGCGCGCGGUGUCCUUAUUUUCUCCACGGAAGAUAACGACGCGCGGAGGCAUUCAUGUUCCUCGGGAACUGCAGUAUGGAAGACUUGAGUGUAAGUGUUGCGGGUACGAGCGGCAGCACGAGCACGACUAGCACGAGCACGACGUCGAGCAGCAGCGGUCCGGUGUCGAGUGGUCCUGGAAGUCCCAACGGCGUCAUCAACGACAUGGACUGGUUCGCCGGUGUGGCCGAGGAGGAGCUCCUCUACUACUCGAGUCUGGGCAACGAGCUCGACUCGCUUUUCGCCGUCGUCGGCAGUUUUGUGCCGCCGCCUCCCAGGCCGCCUUUUCUGCCAGAGGAGACGGUGCCCACCGACGGGCUCACCACCUGCGACCUCUGCUCCUGGGCGCUGAGGAACGACAGGUACUCGUUCUCCCUCGACGGAACUUUGGAGGCUCCGGGGGAGAUCGGCUGGGUGCUCACGCUGAUCAUCGUCUCGCUGAUAUCGGCCGGAAUCGGCGCGGUCGUCAUGGUCACGCUGCUGCACUGCAGGCGGAUGAAGAGCGCCGGCGGUAGAGCCAACUGCUGCGGCGUGGCUCUGGAGAGGGCAACCGGCGAGCGGCACCGACACCACCGGCAUCACCACCACCAUCACCACCAGGACGUAGGCGGUAACCCCGGCGGAGGGAGCGUUGGCCCCAACGUCGGCCUCGCCGUCAUCCCCGACAGGCCGCCGCUCGAGCUCGACAAGCUGCCGCCUUACCACGACGUCGCGCCCAAUACCGGUCACAACGUGAACGUCUGGUCGUGGCUGGGCUCGCGCCGAGGCGGCGGACCUCCCGGAUGCGUGGGGACGCCGCUGUCCUUGCCGCAGCAUCGACGAGCACUCAAUCUGCCCGUGGAGAACCACUACACGCACAUGCAGACCGACGAGGCCCUGUACGCGGAGCUCGACUCACAGGCGGCGAGCUACGCCAGUGGAUCCGAGGAUAAACAUUAUCACGAGCUCGACGCCGUCGGACUGCACAGGCAGCAUCAGGACACGCUCUGCACGCGGCACAGUCAGAGUUGUCGAUACCAAAUACUCCCCAUGAUGAUGAUUGGCAACGAUGAACUUUAGAAUGGAUCUUUUCCAUCUGAAAAAAAUGUGUAUAGAGCCAGACUACGAGAUGUACGAGAAUGGCUCGACUACUGUGAUCCCGCCGCCUCAUCUUCACCAUCACCACCUCCAUCACCAUCACCACUACGAGGAGAGCAAGCAGCAGCAACCGCAGCCGCCGGCUCCUGCUCCUGCGCAGCCCUCGUAUCAGAAUACGGGUUACACGGGUAGCGACGCGGAGCCCGACGGGCCCUCGACUCUCAGCAGCGCGCCCAGCAGCGCCUACUACAGCGAUCUCAGCUCGAACUCGGCCAAUCAGCAGCUGAUGAUCGGACCCGGCUUAGCGAUAGUGCACCCGGAGGGCGACGCGCCGCCGGUUUACGAGCCAGCGCCUCAUUACAGGCUUACGGCCAUCAACGAAUCGACUACCUGUCCCUCGGACUACAUAUGACGCAGUUAAUGCGAAAUCUAAUUUUGCACUAGUGCGCGACCGAGCGAACUUUUUCCUCGAUAAUUAGCUUUUUUAUUUCUAACGUAGAAGUUGUGACUUUUUCUUCUACGUCCUCGAGUAUGUUAAGUGUUGCAUGUUUGUGUUCGUGAGAUAGUUUGAUGGAGAUUGUGAUAAACAAGCAGCGAUUGAAAUGUUAUGUGUUUCGACGUGAAGACUCGUCUUUCGUCCGUGUAUAAAUUUAUUUAUUGUAAUUUUAAGCAAGGAUUCUCGAACCUUAUGUUAACGAUCCUUGCGCAGAGAUUAGCUCGUUUAUGCAUAGAAAAAACGAGGUCAUCUAUCGAUUAUUUGUACUUUACAACGUUAAGUUGAUCGCGAGUGCUUUGUAUCGGCAUUAACUUUUCGUGUCUUUGUAAAUAUAUUUAAGAAUUUUCGACUGUGAAAGCGAACAAAUUGUUCAAAUUUUCAAAGUAACCCAUCGAUGGGUAUUUAUUUAAAAAGAUUUAACAGCGUAUUUAUCAAUUGUAAAUACCUUAGUCUAAAUUUAGAGUAGAACAAGAAAACAACGUUCGUAGGUCAAUUUCAAAAGAAACGUUUGACUGACUUAUCGUGUCAAUGAAUAAACACGUGUAGCGUUUACUACUUAUCUAAAGCAUUUACAAAGUUUUUUCAUUAUAAAAGAAAGCAAUAAAUAGAGACCUGUCCGGAGGCCAGCGAAUCACUUAGAUUCCCAUCAAGUAGAAUGAGAGCCCGAAGCGCAUUCAAAUUACGCGAGGAUAAAGUUGUUACGAGGGUAGAACAGGUGGCUCGGUAAUUCGACGUUACGCCUCCUCCGCAUCGCUUUGUCUUGACCAUCAGCAACUUCCGUUCUCUCCACUCACUCUCACUCCGUCCAUUCCUCUCUGUUCCACACAUGAACGUGAAUUCACGUGCGCACCACACGAACCCACUCACAGACUUUCUCAUAUCCGUCGAGCAUACGCUACUUUCAAAAAGUAUUGUCAGAUAAGCACGCAUCUUUGUGCAUUGUUGUGAGACGAGCGCGCUCUGGGUCGUCGAGGCUGCUUUUAUUACUAAAAGGCUCUCGUAGCUCGGAAGACUUUUAACAACGCGCGUAAAAUAAAUCUAGUUAACGUAACUCUCUUGCGACUCGAGAACGACCUUUCGUUACACGAGUAUACGUAGUAGACUCGUGGAAAUGGAAGAAGGCGAAGAAGAAGACGACGGCGGCGGCGUCGACGACGAGGAUGAAUAAACAAAAGAGACAAAAGAGAAGAACAAUAAACAACCUGCUUUCAACCCAGUCGAUAAAGCAGCCGUGAUCAGGCGUUCCCACCUACGAUGGAAGGGGAUUUGUUACUGCUGGAAGACGAUGGCGACGGCUUGUUUCUCUGAGCGUUGUGAUAGAGAUAUGAGUGGACGCGCAGGCUGUUGCUGUUCUUGUACUUGUUGCCGCAGAGUUUGCACGUCAGACUCUCGAGCGGACCGUGGAUGUAGCGCACGUGUAACUUCAAGUUCUCUUUGCGCGUGAAGUGCCGCAGACACCAAGGACACGAGUACAUGCGUAUCACCUUGCCUCUUUCCAUGCGAAUCGUCGGACCCAGUUCGGAUAUCACCCGCAGCGUCGUCUCCAAGGAAAGACUGCUGCCCGGUAAUCCUUUGACGGUGCGACGACCCUUGUUCGUCGUGUUGGCGGCGCAGCUCGUCGAAGGAUCGUGGGAAAAGUCAGCCGCACACGUCGUUCCUGUGUCGUGAAAACCUGUAUAAAGUAGAUAUAUAAAUUUUACGUGACAUUGUUAACCCGAAUCCGUACGUAUCUUAUAUUAUAAGCAUACCGUGUAUACGCAUUAAAGAUUGUAAAUAAUAAACACUAAUGUAUGAACUAAAUUA